UUUCCCUGCUCAACAGUAGGUCAUACAGACAGGAAAAAAAGUAAGAAGCAUGAUCAAGAUGAACUGCAUCCUGUUAACCGCCUGCGUUGUUCUGGUUGCUUUUUGUAGUUGCGGUUAUACCCUAAGGUGUUACCACUGUGAGAACAGCCCUUCCUUGUGCAAGACCAAUAGCACUUGCUUAGCAACUGAAGAUACUUGCUUGCAGAUGAAAUUUGGUAAAUUGAGAACUUCCUCCUGCUGGAAGGCAUCCCAGUGCAGUGUGAAUGAUAUUGCUGAAUUCUUCCAGUUGGAUAAUUUUGAAUUCUUUUGCUGCCAACACGACUUGUGCAAUGAGAGCGCAAUUACUGGGGUUAACAAAGCAGCCUUCAGUAUUGCCUCUGUAAUGACCAUGUUAUGGAUGGUUCUGUAAUAAUCCUGAUUUGUAUGCCGUACUUUCAAGCUGAAAUUAUACAAAAUCAUUAACUCUUUUCUGAAUUGUACUUCUCACAUUUGUAGUUCCUAACUGUGGGCUGAAACGUUACCUUUUACUUUUAAAUUCCGUUUCCUAAGGUUCCAUCUGUUAAAUCACUGUUGCCAUUCAUGGGAAGGAGACGUAUAUUGUUAUCAGUUAUAGGGAAUUCGGGUAUUUUGGCCUGCCGUAUUCAUGGGGAAAAUAACUUGUUAUGAAGUAGCGUUAUCUUUGUGGAGAACCUGGGCAAACUUCAGUGGGUGAUGUGAAAGGAAAAGACUACUAUAGGUUUUAUGCUGCAAAACACUCGUUUCUCACCGUCCCAUAAAUUGCAAUUAAUUUUGGUUGGGAUUUCUGGGUUUUUGUGUUUGGGGUUUGUUUUUUUUUUUGGAUGCUACCUUGUCAUACCCCAAGCAGUGGAUUUGCCCUCAACACCAGAAGUGUUGGAUCGUGAGUAUAAACUUGCUGCAGUCUUCAUAAGGAGUAUGGAAAUACUUAGUGUCAAGCGAUGUAGACUCUGUUCCCAUCACUGUAACUUUUUUUUUUCUUUAUACAAAUGAAUUAUAUAACCUUGUAGGCACUGUUAUUUUGGGAGAAAGCAUCUACGUUUCUUAAACCAAAACCAAAACAAUGCUAUAAGUGAGAAACACUUUUCCCUCUUUUUAUAUUUCUGCGAGCAUGCAGACAACACAUGCUAACUUCUUUUUUUUUUCCUUAUACUUUAUCCAUGUCUAGGAUUUUAACUAAGCAUGUGCUUUGCACUGAGUAUUUACUGGUAUACUGAAAAUUGUUUAUGGAAUGCUAAGGAAUUGAAAUGGCACAUCCAGUUUAUUUUCCGGCAUAGUUAGCUUUUGGUUUUUUGUUGGGAACAGUGACAUGUAAACUUAACCCUUCAAGCUUCUACCUAAGAGUAUUAAACAAAACCUCGCAGAACUUUAUAUUUUGCCUUUUAUGCGACUCUAUAAAUGCCAAUACAAAAUAUACAUGUAUCUAUAUAGCAUGAAUAAAACCCACUCAGUUUGUAUGUAUAAGAGGUCUGAAGCUGAAAUACUCUGUACAUUGCUCUGCCUCAGUGGUGGAGACAGACCUUUGAUACUUCUCCAGUACUUGGGGACCCUCUCAGUCAGGUACAAUGUCAAAUUCUCCUUUUCCUCUUCUGGAGCUCUUGGCGUGUCCCUGCAAGAGUCGUGGUCCAUUGCCAAUGGCGUAUUCUAUUCCUGAGGACCCUCGCUUGUGCUGUGCAGGGUGCCAGUGACACCAGUUCACCCAGUCAUUACAAGGGUGUUACUCCAAAUCCAUGAUGUAUUCUGCAAUGUAUCUUUUGGUUAAGCGUAUCUUAGCUAUGAAAGCAUUCUGGGAUCUCUCUGAUCACUCGAAAUAUGGAAGUCGUCCUGUCUUUGAUUAAUAAAAAUGUCGAAAAUGU